UCACAAAGGAAACUGCCAGUUUGUACAAGGUUAUCACUGGACUUUGCUAUAUUUCUAACUUUGAAGCAUUUAUUGGCAUCCUUUUCACUGGGAUAUACGCGGAGCGGAGGAUCUGUUUUACAUGUAAUUCCUAUUUUGAUAGUACGAAGAGCACUCAGCAGAAAGAUCAAGCAGCCCCACACAGUGCUAUAUAAUAACUGCUCGGGAAACAGGUCCUAGUAACACCGUGUUGCCAUUCUGGCUCUGUGUUACAUUCUACGCAUCUGUAUCGAAGGCAGUUCCCCUUCUACUGGUCCUCGAGAAGGAGCAGUCAAACUAGACCUUCCCUGCUAUCAUCUCCUGGCAUCAUAUUUUUCUGGGGGCGGUGACUUUUUCCAUCGAGGCCCCAAUGAGGCUGUGUAACCCGCAGGUCUACAGUGUGGUGGGCAUGGUGAUACUGUUCCUCUGCCCAUGGGACAUCGGCUGCUUGGGCCUGAGCUCUGGUUCCGGUCCCCUGACCCAUCGCCUCCAGGCCUCGGGGAUCCCCGGCACGGCCAUGCGGAGACAGAAGCGGAGCUGGGUGUGGAACCAGUUCUUUGUUCUGGAGGAGAAUAUGGGCAGCGACCCACUCUAUGUGGGCAAGCUUCACUCAGACAAAGAUAACGGGGACGGCAACGUGAAGUACGUGCUGUCGGGAGAAGGAGCUUCCUCCAUCUUCGUCAUCGACGAGAAUACUGGAGACAUUCACGCUACCAAGAGGCUUGACCGGGAGGAACAGGCCUAUUACACCCUACGAGCUGAGGUCCUGGACCGGGACACGGACCGUCCUCUGGAGCCCGAGUCCGAAUUCAUCGUUAAAGUUCAGGACAUUAAUGACAACGAGCCGAAGUUCCUGGACGGGCCUUACACUGCCAUGGUUCCGGAGAUGUCCCCACUUGGGACGUCCGUGUUGCAGGUAGCGGCGACGGAUGCAGACGACCCUACGUAUGGAAACAGUGCUAGGGUAGUCUACAGCAUCCUUCAAGGGCAGCCAUAUUUCUCAGUGGAGCCCAAGACAGGCAUAAUCAGAACAGCCCUCCCCAACAUGGACCGGGAGACGCGGGACCAGUAUGUGCUGGUGAUCCAGGCCAAGGACAUGGUCGGCCAGAUGGGGGGGCUAUCCGGCACCACGUCGGUGACCAUCACCCUAACGGACGUCAACGACAACCCACCUCGCUUCUCCCGAAAGUCCUCCCAGUACACUGUACAGGAAUCCCUGCCCAUAGAGUCCGUAGUAGCCAAGAUAAAAGCCGUGGACGCCGACCUGAACUCCAACGCAGAAAUGGACUUCAGAAUUAUGGAUGGGGAUAGCCAAGGGACUUUUAAGAUCUCAACUGACCAAGACACACAGGAGGGAGUCAUAACUCUACAAAAGCCUCUUGACUUUGAGACGAAGGCUAGCUACAUGCUAAAGAUCGAGGUCACGAACCGGAACAUCGACCCGCAGUUCCUGAACAUGGGCCCGUUCAGCGACGUGGCGACGGUUCGGGUGACCGUGGCAGAUGUGGAUGAGCCGCCCAUCUUCACCUCGCCUCUCAACAAGAUGGUGGUCUCCGAGGCCGCCAAGGUGGGCACCAUCAUCGGCAGUGUGUCUGCGCACGACCCAGAUACUGCUACUAGUGCUAUCAGGUAUUCCAUAGACCGCAAUACAGACCUGGAGAGGUACUUCAAUAUCGACGCCACGACUGGAGCCAUAAGUACAGCAAAACUACUGGAUAGAGAAGUCAAUGCAGUGCACAACAUCACAAUCCUGGCGAUGGAGAGUCACGAUCCAUCUCAAGUUGGGAAAGGCACUGCCCUGGUCACGGUGAUGGAUGUCAACGACAACGCGCCCGCGUUCGCCAUAGAGUACAAGCCCUUCCUCUGUGAGAGUGCCACCCCUGGAAAGGUCAUCCAGACCAUCAGUGCGGUGGACAACGACGAGCCUGUGAGUGGACACCGCUUCUUCUUCAACCUCACUACUAGUGCUGCUUCCAACCUCAACUUCACCCUCAGAGACAACAAAGACAACACGGCGUCCAUCAUGACGAAGCGAGGCGGGUUCAGCCGGCGGGAGCAGGCCCUGUACCAGCUGCCCAUCCUCAUCGUGGACAGCGGCAGCCCGUCGCUGAGCAGCACCAACACGCUCUCCAUCCGUGUGUGCCACUGCGACCCCGACGGUGCGGCCCAGUCCUGCAGCGCCGAAGCCUUCACGCUCUCCGCGGGACUCAGCACCGGCGCCCUUGUCGCCAUUCUUGCAUGCGUCCUCACCCUGUUGGUGUUUGUCUUGCUGAUUGUGACGAUGCAGCGACGGAGGAAGGAGCCUCUGACGCUGGAAGAAGAGCGAGACGUCCGGGAGAACAUUGUGCGCUAUGACGACGAGGGGGGGGGAGAGGAGGAUACAGAAGCCUUCGACAUGGUGGCCCUACGCAACCUCAAUGUCAUCCAAGAUCCCAAAGCCCGCCGGGACGUGUCCCCUGACUUGCCCACCCUCUUCACCUCGCGGCUCGCGUACAAGACCCUACCGGACAAUGUCAUCUUCCGAGAGUUCAUCUGGGACCGGCUGAAGGAUGCCGAUGUGGAUCCGUCGGCUCCCCCAUAUGACUCCCUGCAAACAUACGCCUUCGAGGGUAGUGGCUCGGUGGCAGAGUCCCUCAGCUCGCUGGAGUCGUUGAGCAUAGACUCCGACCAGAACUAUGACUAUCUCAGCGAAUGGGGACCGCAGUUCAAGAAGCUAGCUGACCUGUACGGCAGCAGCGAGGGCAGGAAUUUGUUCUCUUAGCCCCAUUUUCAAACACUCCCUUUUUCGACUGACUGCGGAAUUUGAAUCCCAUGAGAGGGAAGCUAACAUGAAACAUUAAGCUACUACCGAAAAAAAAAUAAAAAACGAAGAUGAGGGAAACAUCCAGCAGAAGACAUUUGAAUGAUGUAUUUAACGAUUUUCUGUGCUAUUUACAUGGAUGCUCAAAGAGAAACUUUGGAUGUGUUGACUGUGAUGAAAACGAUGCUUAAAAAAUGAAGCAAUUAAGGCAAAGACAUAAGCUAGGCGUUGUACUGAGAAUUAUCCUGGGACAUUGUCAAGCUGACAGAUUAGGCUGAACCCUGCGUAGUGACACCGGUUCCCUCAUUUUACAGCUGGCCAAAGUGCCAGCAUAACUGUUGUUCGCUAAAUGCUAGAAUGCUAAUUACUGCUUUUUUUGUCCUCAAAAUGAUGACUUUAUUUCAAAGUGUUUUUUUUUUAUUUCUUUUGUGGCUAGUCAGUGCAAGGGCAGUUUAAUCAGUUCAGUGAUCAUUAAAGUGUUCACAAUCAGUGGUUGUAUUUUUUUUUCUUUUUUUUCCUCAAAAAAACCUUUUUUAAGGAAAAAAAAUCUAAAUGUUAUGUUAUAAAUGUGGGUUUUCAGCUUGGAUUUUACUGUGGGGGGAAAAAGUGUCUGACAGAGGUUCCUGAAGUAAUUGCUCUCUUACUAUGUAAAGGAAGCUUUAUAUUCCUUUCAUUGUCUCCUAGCAAACAGGCACCAAUGCAGUUACACACUGUUUAGAUAUUCCGACGCCUUAUCUGAUUGGUACAAAAGUGUAGCUCAUACUCAUUUUCUUUUACUAAAGGUUUGACUGCUUGACAGUGAUGCUAUUGUUUUCAGCAAGGCAAACACAUCCUCUAAGUGUGUGUUCUUGGGCCUGGUUCUUUCAUGUUGUCAAGUGAAAAUUGUAGAAAAUACUUCACACCCAGUGACUCUCUGCUCUCCGGUCUGCUCUUAAUUUUAUUAUCCGAAAUUCAGCGUCGGGUUUCACAGAGCGUUGGCAUCGCCCGCUAUUUCGGAUGCAUUCGUGGUUGCAGAUUUUACUGAUUUUUACCGAUCAAGCACUUACAAUGAAGUCAAGGACAUCCACAAGUCCUGUCUACCUUAUCUAAAUAUAUAUUAAUAACAAAAAAGUUAUUCAGUACCAAAGUAGAAGUCAGGAGUUGAAUGUUUUUGCUACAAAGGUGUUUUGAAUUUGACUGUUGAUUUCUUUUUCUUGUUUAUUACAACAGCAAUGUUUACAACAGAACAAAUACUUCUUUCAUUUUGCAAGGCAAAAUUUGUGUGACUGAU